AUGGCGAUGACGGCCAGCGCGAGGAGUAGCAGUGGAAUAUUGGAAAAUUUGGGGGGUUUCUUCAGAAAAUUCUUCUUCCGAAUACUCUCCGUGGGUCCCAUCCCAACACACGUCGCCUUCAUUAUGGACGGCAACCGCAGGUAUGCAAAGAAGCAGAAUCUGAGUCUGGAGGCAGGUUACAGAGCUGGAACCUUAUCACUCAUCUCCAUCCUCAAGUACUGCUACGAGCUACGCAUCCACUACGUCUCCAUUUAUGCCUUCAGCAUCGACAAUUUCAGACGUCGUCCCCAUGAAGUGAAGCUAGUAAUGGAUCUCCUACAGGAGAAGCUUCAAGCUAUACUUGAUGAUCAAACCAUCCUCCACAGUUAUGGCAUAAGGGUUCUUUUCAUAGGAGAUUUAAAGCUUCUCAAUGACUCACUUCGAGUUCUUGCAGAAGAAGUUGAGUCAGCUACUGCUAAUAACAACAAUUUCGUAUUCAAUAUCUGUAUUUCUUAUACCUCUACUAAUGAGAUUGUUAGAGCUGUUUAUGAAUGUUGUAGAGAGAAGAAGGUUAUGGAAAAUGACCCAAUUGAUUAUAAUGUGAGUGUUGAAGAUUUAGAGAAGCAUAUGGAUAUGGGUAUAUGUCCUGAACCAGAUAUCUUGAUCAGGACUUCUGGAGAAGCUCGGCUUAGUAAUUUUUUCUUGUGGCAGACUACUUACUGUUACUUGUAUUCUCCGGCAGCACUUUGGCCGGAGAUCUCUUUACGGCAUCUGGUUUGGGCUGUCUUGAACUUCCAGAGGAUUCAUCCUUAUUUAGAGAAUCAAAAGAAGAAGCAGAUGAAGAAGAUGAAGAUGGAGAAAGAAGAAUAAUGUUGUAAAUAGUUAUUUAGUUCUUGUAUUAGUAAGAGAGUUCCAUGUUAGGGUUAAUGAUGUAGUGAGUGUCCUCCAUGGUUAGUAAUGGUAGGGGUUUUAGUCCCACAUUACACCUUGUGGAGGCCGUGGCCUAAAGUUGGAAGAGCUGAUUCAAUGGAUGCAUUCCAUGACGAAGAAUAAGAGGGGUUUUAGUUCCGUGAUGGAGUAAUGACUUGGGAAGGGACAAUAACAACUGCCUAGCACAGUUGAUGAAUUGUGGUCUUUUGAGUCUAGCAAUAUAAUACACUACACUUGCCGAUA